GCCAAGCACCCAAUUAAGCUAGCUACCACGUACUGCACUAUGAACCAUGCGUGUGACGUGCUCAUAUCAUGUGCUACUGCCUAGUUGCACGCGCGUCCUGCUAGCUAGGUGCCUGCUAAUUAAGCUCGUUGCUCAACCAUCAGAAGCACGCAGAUGUGACUGACACUGAGACUCAAUCCGUGACAGCGCGAGUCGCUCGCGGCAUCCGCGUCGGCGUCGCCGGCUCGCCGCCACCCAUGUCCCCCCCUAUGCCGCUGCCACACCUCACUGUACUUCUCGUCCUCUUUGCGACGUCCGCCGCCCAGGCUGCCGCCGAUCGGAGCAGCAGCAGCAGCAGCUGUGGCGGUGGCGAACGCUGCGGCGAUCUCCUCCUCCCAUUCCCGUUCCACCUCAACUCCUCCUGCGUCUCCAGCACCACCAACUCUUCCUCACGCUUUCGCCUCUCCUGCGACACCACCAACGCCACGCUCACCCUGCCGCUCGGCUCGGCGACGUUCCGCGUCCUCGGCUUCCUCCCGUCGGGAUCGAUCCUCCUCGACUACGCCCCCGCCGCGUCGCCGUCGCCGUCGUCCCCGUGCGACCCCGCGUACGCCGCGUUCUCCCGCCCGUCCUCCCCGGCGGCCGCUCUCGAUGCCGCCGCGGCAUUCCUCGCCGUCACGCCGGCCAACGUUCUCCGCCUCUACGCCUGCGAGGACUCCUCCCUCUGCCGCGCUGGCUGCGAAGACGUUGCCACCUGCGGCCGCGGUGGCGCCGCCGCGGGCGCUAAGUCGGGGUGCUGCUAUCCGCUGUCCGACGGCAGCGUGUGGAAGCCCGGCGAUGGGCUUGGCGCCUUCGCGGAGUUCGGAUGCCGGGGGUUCUCGAGCUGGGUCAAGAACCGGUCGGCCGCCGCACCGGGUGUCGUGAGGGGGAUCGAGGUGGAGUGGGCGGUGCCCAAGGGCAGCGAGAUGGCGGCGUGCGCCGACGGUGCGGUCGCCGUCAAUGCCACGGCGGUGCGAGGCGGCGUGCGGUGCGCGUGCGCCGCGGGGCUCGUCGGCGACGGCUUCGCACAUGGCACCGGCUGCUCAAAAGGCACAUCGUGCAGCAAUUCUGGGCAGGCAAGUGACGGCAGGGAGUGUUGCCAGGGAAGGUUUUGCUCCAAGAAGUCAGUUGCUCUUGCCGGUUUCUUCGUUUCGCUCUUCUUCCUCGCGGCGGCCGUCUCGUUUUGGUUGUUCCUAAGGCAGCCUUCCAAGGACACCCUGUGGGACAUCGACCCGGCGUGCAUCCCCAAGAUCCUCGGUGGCGUGUGCAACGCGAGGCAGUUCACGUACGAGCAGCUGGACGAGGCGACCAAGAGGUUCGACGACAGCGAGAAGGCCGCCGUCAACGUGCAGGUGGACGGCGGCGGCACGGUCCACGCCGGCGUCCUCGACGACGGCACCGUGGUCGCGGUGCAGAGGAUCGGGUACGACACGGCAGAGAAGCUCAGGCUGGUCCUGGACAGGGUGGAGCUCCUCUCCGAGGUCUCGCACCGGAACAUCGCCCGCGUCGUCGGCUUCUGCUGCACCGCCGCCGCCGACUCCGGCACCGGCAACGCGCUGCUCCUGGUGCACGAGCACUUCGCCGGCGGCACGCUGGAGGACCACCUGCGGCAGGUGAAGGGCCGGCUCCUCAGCUGGUACCACCGCGUCAACAUCGCCAUCGAGCUCGCCAGCGCGCUCACGUACCUGCAGGCGCACGACACGGCCCCGACCUUCCUCCACGACCUCAAGUCCAGCGACGUCUUCCUCGACGACAACCUCACCGCCAAGAUCGCCGGCUACAAGCUCGCGAGGCCGGUCGCCUACUACUACUACGCGCCGUCGUACGACCACGACGUCGUGCGCAACUUCGGCCACCUCCUGAUCGAGCUACUGACGGGGAUGAGGCACCAGCACCCGUUCGACUCGGUGGCGCCCAAGGUGAGGGAAGGGAGGCUGCACGAGGUCAUCGACGUGACGCUCCUGGCGGGGAAGCAGCUGCCGGCGCCGAACGAGGACGUGAGGAAGGUGUUCGAGCUCGCCGUCGCGUGCCUGCUGAGCGCCGAGAACGGGCUCUGCAUGCUCGGCGUCGCCAAGGAGCUGAUGCAGAUCGUGAGGAACAACAUCGGGAGCAGCAGCAAGAUCGAGAUAUCCCUCGAGGAGACGUUCUCGAGCUCCAGCCUGCUGCAGAUGAUCUCCAUGUCGCCGGAGACGCUGCAUCACCAUCUUCCUUGAACGGAGAUCAAGCUAGCUGCUGCCUGAACUGCACACCGCCAUCUCCAUCUUCAUUCACCUUGAAUGGAAGAGGAUGAUGCCCGUGUUUAAGGUUCGGACCGAGCAAGUUUCACCGUCCCAGUGAAAGCCUGUAAAACAUUCAAAAUUGUCAAAAUUAGCCUGUCUACUGUACAAAUACUGCUGUGUAAUGUUCUUGUGCCAACGUUUUGUUGGCUUGUAUGAGUUCCAUGUAUUUGCUGCAAGCUUCCUCAA